AGUAGUUAUUAAAAAUGGUCAAAAUUACGGAUUAUCCAGAAUUCUUUAAAGUGAAGCUGUUAAAGACCAUUCAAGUAUCAUUUAACUAAAAGAUCUCCAUGAUGCUGUAAAAAAAAGAUAAUGGAAUAUUAUGGGUGGUUGGUUUUGGUCAAUUAAAUUUAAAAUUAAUAAAUUUUGUUGCAGAUCUUCUUCAAUUCCUCUUUCCCAAUUAUACAACAAAAAUGGAAGAGCUCCAAAGCCAACCAGACGAUCGGCCCCAACUCCUACUGAUUGUAAAGACGCUACCCACUAAUUUGUCGCCAUUGUUUGAUCAAAAGUUCCGAUUGGUGAAAGCAUGGGAGUCGGAGCUACCUCUAGACCAGUUUCUGAAGAUAAAUGCAAGCUCAGUCCGAGCGAUGAUUGCCAGCCACGCCACCUCCGUCAACGCCGACCUACUCCAACUGCUUCCAGCGCUGCGAUUGGUGGUGACUUCCAGCGCGGGCGUCAAUCAGGUCGACUUGGCCGAGUGCCGUCGCCGAGGGGUUUCGGUGGCCAAUGUUGGGAACGCUUACUCGGAAGAUGUGGCUGAUAUGGCCGUGGGUUUAUUGAUUGAUGUGCUUAGGAAAGUUUCGGCCUCCGAUCGCUACAUCAGACAUGGGUUCUGGAAAGUCAAAGGGGAUUUUCCUCUUGCUCACAAGUUGGGAGGAAAGCGUGUUGGAAUUGUUGGAUUGGGGAGCAUAGGCUGUGAAGUUGGGAAAAGGCUUGAGGCAUUUGGUUGCACAAUCUCUUACAACUCAAGGAGCAAAAAGCCUUCCAUUACAUACCCUUUUUAUUCUAAUGUUAAAGAACUUGCUGAAAAUAACGAUGUUAUCAUCUUGUGCUGUAGUUUAACAGAUGAAACACAUCAUAUGGUUAACAAGGAAGUUCUUUCUGCUUUGGGAAAGGAGGGUGUGAUUGUUAACGUUGGGCGUGGUGCUCUUAUUGAUGAGAAGGAAUUGGUGAGGUGUUUGGUAGGAGAAGAUAUCAGAGGAGCUGGUUUGGAUGUGUUUGAAAAUGAUAUUGCCUCAAAUGUUCCUGAUGAGCUCUUCCAAUUGGAUAAUGUUGUUCUUUCUCCACAUGCUGCUGUACUUACUCCAGAGUCUUUUGAGAAGGCUGCUUCAGUUAUGAUUGCCAAUCUGGAGGCUUUCUUCUUAAACAAACCGUUAUUAACUCCGGUGUCCAAUCCCUAGAUUCUGAAAUAUUCAUUUGAUGAAAGAUGAAAUAUUGAACCAUGAAGGCUUUUUGACAAUAUGAGCUUCUGGAUUUAAUCUGUUAUUUGUUCAGGUUAGUCUGUAAUAGAUUUGUGGAGGUGCUAACUAGUGAGGAGGAACAUAAACGGUCUAGUCAAAAUAUGUUUACAUGCAUUGGAUGCUUAAGACUUUGAUGAGCAGAAUAGUAUGCAUGGGUUGGUGAGGCAAUGAUGGUCUUAGAUAUUUGACAUUUGUUCAUAUUAAUAUUAUGCGGUCCUUCAAAAUAAAUAGGAAAGCCUGGUGCAUAUGGUUAUUGUUUUUGCGGUAUAGAAGAAAGAUCAUUUGUAUAAACCACACAUUGAUUAUCAAUUGAACGAUCGCUUUCAGUUUAUGUACUAUGUAUAUCAGUUAAUUCAGUUAUUCACAGUACAAGUUACAGCCA